CGUUACCAAGGAGGGGCCUCGAGGAGGAGCUGUCUUCCGGGGGGAGGCCAACUAGUAACCCGGAAGCGGUCGGCAGUGCGGUGCUGUUUAAAGAUGGCGGCGGAGGAACCUCAGCAGCAGAAGCAGGAGCCGCUUGGCAGCGACUCCGAAGGUGUUAACUGUCUUGCUUAUGAUGAAGCCAUCAUGGCUCAGCAGGACCGAAUUCAGCAAGAGAUUGCUGUGCAGAACCCGCUGGUCUCGGAGCGGCUGGAGCUCUCUGUCCUAUACAAAGAGUAUGCUGAGGAUGACAACAUCUAUCAACAGAAGAUCAAGGACCUCCACAAAAAGUACUCAUACAUCCGCAAGACCAGGCCUGAUGGAAACUGUUUCUAUCGCGCUUUCGGAUUCUCCCACUUGGAGGCAUUGCUGGACGACAGCAAGGAAUUGCAGCGGUUCAAGGCUGUGUCUGCCAAGAGCAAAGAGGACCUGGUGUCCCAGGGCUUCACCGAGUUCACAAUUGAGGAUUUCCACAACACGUUCAUGGACCUGAUCGAGCAGGUGGAGAAGCGGACCCCCGUGGCUGACCUGCUGGCCUCCUUUAACGACCAGAGCACCUCGGACUACCUGGUGGUCUACCUGCGGCUGCUCACCUCGGGCUAUCUGCAGCGUGAGAGCAAGUUCUUCGAGCACUUCAUUGAGGGCGGGCGCACCGUCAAGGAGUUCUGCCAGCAGGAGGUGGAGCCCAUGUGCAAGGAGAGCGACCACAUCCACAUCAUCGCGCUGGCCCAGGCGCUCAGCGUCUCCAUCCAGGUGGAAUACAUGGACCGCGGCGAGGGCGGCACCACCAACCCCCACGUCUUCCCCGAGGGCUCCGAGCCCAAGGUCUACCUGCUCUACAGGCCCGGACACUACGACAUCCUGUACAAGUAGGGCCGCCCGGCCUGCCGCGCUGCCCGCCCGCCCCUCUGCCAGGCGCUAGACAUGGACAGAGGUUUUCUUGUGGUUGUAAAUGGUCAUACUUCACUCCCCCACCCCUUCCCUGUCACACGACCUCCCGUGUUUUAUUAAAGGGGACGCUGGUGGUGA